AUGAAAAUUACCACUCAAACAUUUGAUUUAUUCGAAUUUGUUUUCUCUCUAUUGCAUCGCUUGUAUUCAUAUUUUUUUGAUGGGAAGGAAGAGGAUAAACUUUCUCAAUAGGAUGUUGUUGACUAUGAUUUUGUUUCAGGGUAGUUGGGAAAAAUAAUUUUAUUUAUAACACAAAUAAUAUACUAUUUCGAUUUUCAUAAAUUAGAUCCUAUAUAAACAUCUCUAUUGAUUUAAGGAUACUAUAUUUUUGUAAUUUUUAUUGUUUUAGUUGAAUCAAAAUACAUAUAUAGCGGAUAUUCUUACACAUAUCAUAGAAUAAUUGCAAAUAGAUUAAUGAAUAUAGCUGUUAAUUUAAUUAGUUUAUGGGUGAUCCAUUAAGACUCAUCUUUACUAAAUAUUUGGGAGAAUAUUAAAAAUUUAAACAUUGAGAUGCCUGAAUUUUUAAUAAUUUGUCUAGUAUUUUUUACAGCAAUUGAAAUUCUAGAAUUAUUAUUUCAACUAUGUACAAGGAUAUUUUCUUGUAUGAAAAAUUUUGACAAUACAUAAGAAUAUGAUUCUCCUGGGGGAUGUGGAUAUUUAUGUUUUGGAUAAUUUUUUGGAAUGCUAGUAACAGGUGGUGGUAUAAUACUUAUGUUUUAUUUGAAAAACAUUCCAUUAAAAUCCCUUCUCACUACUUAGAAUAUCGCUACAUAAAGUUGUGUAGGCUUUGAAUUUUUAAUAUCAUUUUAUGUUUAUUGUAAGAGAGGCAGAAAAUAAAAAGAACCACAAAAAUCUAAAAAAGUACUUUGUUUUGGAUAUGGAUUUUGCAUUGGAACAAUGGGUAUAAUGUCUGGUCCAGUAAUUUUGGGAGUUAUAAUAUGGUAUGGAAUUUGCAGGGGACUUUGCUGUUUCUACUCAUUUAAAUGUAGGUGCAUUAUUUGUUGUUAAUUUGCUAUAGAAUAAAAAAGCCAUCGUUAUUAACCAUCAAAUUUAUCAGCUAAUACUAACGAAGAUUGA